AUGGAGAAUGGUGCAGUGAAUGGUUAUGAAAUGGAGACACCUAAAAACAUCACCAUUAAAGGAAUUCUAAGUCUGUUAAUGGAAAGCAUUGAUGAUGAGAAUAAUCAUAACAGGAGUGUGAUUUCACUAGGCAUGGGUGACCCUACUGCUCAUUCUUGCUUUCACACCACACAUGUUGCUCAAGAAGCUGUUGUUGAUGCUCUUCAAUCUCACAAGUUCAAUGGUUAUGCACCUACUGUAGGCCUUCCUCAAACAAGAAGGGCGAUUGCUGAAUACCUAUCUCGUGAUCUUCCUUACAAGUUAUCAUCUGAUGAUGUUUUUAUUACAUCUGGUUGCACCCAAGCUAUUGAUGUUGCAUUGGCAAUGCUUGCUCGCCCAGGUGCAAAUAUCUUGCUUCCAAGGCCAGGCUUCCCAAUUUAUGAGCUUUGUGCUGCUUUUAGGCAUCUUGAAGUUCGGCAUUUUGAUCUUCUCCCAGAGAAAGACUUUGAGGUUGAUCUUGAUGCUAUUGAAGCCCUUGCAGACCAGAACACUGUUGCCUUGGUUAUUAUAAAUCCUGGGAAUCCUUGCGGCAAUGUAUACUCUUACCAGCAUUUGAAAAAGAUUGCAGAAACUGCUGAAAAGCUUAAAAUUCUUGUUAUUGCUGAUGAAGUGUAUGGACACCUUGUUUUUGGUCGUAACCCUUUUGUGCCAAUGGGAGUUUUUGGAUCCAUUGUUCCAGUUCUUACCCUUGGUUCUCUUUCAAAGAGGUGGAUCGUGCCUGGAUGGCGACUUGGUUGGUUUGUGACAAGUGAUCCCUCUGGCAUGUUUAGAAAUCCCAAGGUUGUUGAACGAAUUAAGAAGUACUUUGACAUUUUGGGAGGACCUGCAACCUUCAUCCAGGCAGCAGUUCCUGGCAUUCUUGAGCAAACUGAUGAGGUCUUUUUCAAGAGAACUAUCAACAUACUGAAGCAGACCUCAGAUAUUUGUUGUGAUAGGAUAAAGGAGAUCCCUUGCAUCUCUUGUCCGCACAAGCCAGAGGGAUCGAUGGCUGUAAUGAUGAAAUUGAAUCUUUCACUACUGGAAGAUAUCAGUGACGAUAUUGACUUCUGCUUCAAACUGGUGAGAGAGGAAUCUGUCAUCAUUCUUCCAGGAACUGCCGUAGGGCUAAAGAAUUGGCUCCGUAUCACUUUCGCUGUCGAUCCAGUAUCCCUAGAAGAAGCUUUAGAGAGAGUGAAAUCCUUCUGUCUAAGGCAUAGCAAGCAAUGA